AUCCAGCCCGUGACGCCGCUGGGCACGGUGCCGCUGGCGCCCGCGCGCGCCGCCUACCGCGAGCUGCGCCUGGACGAGGCGCUGUCCAUGCUGCUGCCGCACGCGCCGCUCUACCCGCUCUCGCGCCUGCACGUGCCCGUCUUCCUGCAGGCGCCCGCGCCCGGCGCGCGCCGCCACUACGCCAGCGGGCUGCGCCUGCUGGGCGCGGAGGCGGCGUCGGAGCAGUGGAACGUGAGCGCCGACAUCAACCCCAAGCACACCGUGGCCACAGUGACGGCGUUCCGCAGGGAGCCCCCGCCCGACCAGCAGCAGGCGGCCGCCGCCAAGCCGCAGCCGCCGUGGGGCGCCGAGGAGGUGUUCACGUGGCUGCUGGAGGUGUCGGAGGACGCGAAUUAG